UGUGCAUUUUAGCUAGCAGACUUUGGCAUUUGACAGUUAGCUAGCUAGUUAGUUAGCUUAGCAAACUAGCAAACAUUGAAACUCAAGGAUGAAUAAUUAUUUAGAGAUUUUGCCCUGUUUUGGAACACUCCUGUGGCCAGCGUGCCGACAAUCUUUGACUGUAAAGCCAACGCUGGACUGAUAGCUAGUGACAUGCAUGCAAUGACGUUAGCCAGCUACUGUAGCCAGCUAUUGGAAGUGACCACAUGCCAGUCCAUAAUGUUAUCUAGCUAGCUAACAUUAGUGGUUGACAAAGGAAAGAAGACGUCCUACCCGAAACAUGUUUAAGAACGAAUAUCAGGGUGGAUCUGCUGUAGAGAUCUUCAGUGCACAAGGGAAAGAUCCUGUUGCAAAAUGGAAACUUUGUGGAGGAAAAUCAGCUAUAAAUAAAGAGUUUGACAAAGAGGUCAAGAGCUUUGUGUACAGUCUGGAGGGGAGCAGCCAAGCUAUUAAAAUGCAGAUGCCAAAGGAUGGAAAAAUGGCUCUUGGACUGGUACAGAGAUUCUUGGUCCUCCAGGUGAAUGUUUCCCAAUGUAAAGACUUCUCUACAGAGCUUGUGAUAACUGAUUUAGGUCAUCUGAAAAGGAGGCUGUACCUAUCCACGGUUCAUAAGGAGUUUUCUGCUACACCCUUGCAUGCAAGGAUACCUUUUGGUCUGAAACGCAACGUUUGGUGCAACAUGUGCAUCGACCUUGUGUCAUUCACCGGUGAGCUGUUUAAAGGUGCAGGGUUCUUAUCCUUGGAUGGAAUCACUGUCUCUGCCAGCUGUAAGUUACGGAGAAUCUUCACCAUGAAGACUGAGCCUGCAGGGGCUUCUGAUGGAGACCUAUAUAUUGGUGGAAAUGGUCCCAUGGACUCGAUCCCUCGGAGCUGCCAGUUUCCCCCUGACAUCCACCAGGUGAUCCAGGUGAUGAACAUGGAGAGGCUGAGACUGGCAGACCUGAAGACUGGCCCUAUCAACUAUGAGUCUGAUCAGUCAGGCAGUGGCAGGGUAGCCAGUGCUGCUCGAGGCCCAAGGAUCCAGCCGGACGCCUCCCACAUCGCAUUUGGGUCGAGGGUUUUAGGACCCCCUCCACUGACCGGAAGGAAGAACAGUGGACUAUCAGAGGGACAGGACGGGAGGACACAGGACGGGCGGACACACCGGAGCAUGAAUACGGGGUCAGUCUCUGGUGCAAGAACAAAUAGAACAGCUGCUCCAGAGAGACAUCAGGAUCAUGGAGACUGGAGCGAGAAACAACCUGGUCCCAGUAGCCAGAAGAGUGACUCUGUUUAUGAGCUGGCAGGGAAGCCAGGGAGCCUGCAGCCGCGACCACCUAAAGACAGAGCUUCAUCAGACAAGGCAGGGUCCAGGAAGCUACGGGUCCACAGUGCAGGGAAGGAGAAGUUGGCACCUGGAUCAGACAAGUUGUUGUCUCCCAGACCUGUUGACGAGGACAGAGCCUGUUUGGAGCCCUCCAAAUCUUCUCCAGAGCUUCUGUCUGGCCAGUCGACCCCUGUCCCUGACCUCCCCCCAUCACCAUUACCCCUGCAGGACUCGGACAGUGAUGACAGUGAAGGGGAGAGUGAUGUGGAUGAAGUCUCUGAGCCUCAGCUCUCAGUGGAAGACGUGUUCACCUUCUCUUCUCGGCCCCACUCAGCCAGGCGAGUCCAGAGACAAGGACAUGGAGACCAGGGCCAGGGCCAGGGCCAGGGACAUGGAGAGACCUGCUGGACUGAGGAGGCAGCUCAGGCCACGGACACCUACUGCCAGCAGGACAUGGGAGGGCACAGGGGGUCCAGGCCAGAGGACGACUUCCUAGCCAGCGAGAGUGAGGAGGAAGAGACCUACUCCAGGUUCCUCCAUCAGAGGUCCAGUGUCCCCUCCAGCCCUGGUACUCCUGGUGUUCCCCCCAGCUCCAUCCCUGGUAUCCCUGGAUCAUCAUGCCUAGAUGGGGACACUCUGCCCAGAGCACGGCCUGGAUCCAGUGGGUCCAGUGGUGCAGACCGAACAUUUACCAUAGAGCGAACCCUAACCCACACAGACCCUGCAGGGGGUAAAACCAGGCUGGCUUCCCACACUGACUCCCAAGCAUAUAGGAGAACACUAGAGGUGCCUGGGAUGGUCCCAACCCGCUGCCGGUCACCCAGUCAGGGCACCAGGCAGGGGCAGGGACACAGCAAUUUGGGCCAGUCUGGAACUGGGGGAAGAGGAGGGGGAGCGAGCCAGACUCAGGACAGGAACAGCAGCAGGACAUCACUGAGCAGGAGAUCUCUACGAGAGAUCAUCCCGCGAGGAGACGCCACACUAGACAAGGAGGGUGAGGAGAGGAGGGAGAGAAGGCAUGAGCCUGUUGGGUCCAGUAGCUGUGAUUUGCGUCUGUUGGACAGCCUGCGUAUGCAGGAAGAUGAGGAGGAGGAGCUACGUAUGCUGGCCAGUCUACGGCGGGAGCAGGAGGAAGAAGAGGAGGGGGGAGGAGCCACAGGUCUCAGUGCCUCUCAGAUCCACCAAUGUAACGUCAGCAUCAGCACCAGCAGUGAUGACACAUCCACCUGGACACACAUACCUAUGCCAGCCAAUCAGGGCCAUCACUACCAGAAGGAAAUGAACCCACUCUUACACUCCAAUCCAAGGGAAUGGAUGGAUGUCCUCAGCCCUCCCAUUAUUCCUCUUAGCCAAAAGAAAGGGAAAGGGUCAGAGGGCACAGGAGACCAUCGGAGGGGACCCCCGACCAGAGGGGCUGAUGGAUCAGUGAAUGGAGGAGAUGAGGAUGAGGAGGAGUAUCUGAAUCUGCUCUAUGAUCCCUCUCUUAACUGCUACUUUGAUCCCCAGUCUGGGAAAUACUAUGAGCUGGCCUAAUUCAUCAAGCUUUUUGAUUAGCAAAAUGUAGAAAAGGAACAGAACAGGCUUGUUCACUGCUGGCAAAAUAUAUGUUUUUUGUUUUACUUAAUUACGCUUUUCUGAACUAUUGAUGAGCCUUAGAAAAUAUUUAUACCAUUCUGUCAUCCUCGGUUGUAUUUGAUAUGGAAUGGUGAGGAUGUUCUUGUAAUUAAUUGUUUAGACAGUGGCUUUUUGAAGGGUUCUGUAAUGUAUAGUGUAUUCAGUAGUGUGUGUGUCAUG